AUUUUUUUGUUUCUCAAAAACUAAGUUUGUCUAAGCCCAAAUCUCCAGCCCAUUUAUACAAAACCUCAACCUUAGGUAUAUAAGCAAACCUUAUCUUUUGUCACUAGAAACUAACCCUAAUCUGAAUAACAGAAGAAGUGAAACGGCGCAUCAGUUUCCUCUCAUAUAAAUAAAAAGAUGCCGUCUUCCUCUCGUAUAAAUAAAAAGAGAAGGAUGAACAAGUCAUCUUCUCUGCAGUCAAUUUCUACACUAGAUAGAAUUAGCGACUUGCCGGAUCCAAUUCUGUGUAAUAUACUUCAUUCGUUUCCAACCAAAUUUGCUGCAACCACAAGUGUCCUAUCAAAGAGAUGGAGAUACUUGUGGCUCUCUGUUCUUGCUCUCGACUUUGAUUCCAACGACUUCAAUAGUUGUAAUCGCCUCCUUCACAGUGUAAUGUACUCAAUAAUGGACAACCGGCGAGCCAUUACACUACCCGUCCAUUCUUUUUCCUUCAAAGAUCCUUCUACAGAUGAUUAUUCCAAUUACCAACCUGUUAUCGAUAAAAUUGUUGACUAUGUAUCGCAAAGAGGAAUACAAAACUUGGUCCUCGACGGUUGUCUUCAUCUUCGCUGUUCGAUGAAACUACCUGUUAAGCUUUUUAGUUGUAGAACAUUAAAGGUUCUUAAGUUGAACAACUAUUCGGGGACCCUUAUUUCUGAUAAGGUUGAUUUAGAUUUACCUAGUCUUAAAACUCUCCAUUUGAGUAAGGUUAGUUUUUUCUAUGAUAAUCUAAUAAAGUUUUUGUUAAGUUGUCCUGUAUUGGAGGAUUUGGAAUUAAUGAAAGGUUUCCCAAAGCCCUACCGUUGUAAAGAUGGUUCGAGGAGGAAAGAUGGUUCGAGGAUGAACUUUGCAGCUUUACCUAAUUUGAUCAAAGCAAGGAUCCCAUCUAAAUCUUUUGUUCCAUUUAGUAUUGUUUGUAAAGCACGGAUCCUCUAUGUAGGCAAAGCGCUCAAGUAUACAUGUUGGACUCAAUUGCCUGAGUUUCCAAAUCUGACUCACUUGGAGCUUCACUUUGGAUCUGUAUUUGUGUGCCCGAGGUGGAAGUGGGUGCAUGCAAUGCUUGAACUUUCUCCCAAACUACAAAGUCUUAUCAUUCGGGAUGAUAUUGAUGCUUUUCAAAGGUAUACAGACAAGUUUUGGAAAAUUCCAUCAAUUGUUCCAGAGUGUCUUUUGUCACAAUUGAAAACAUGCUGCAUUAGAGGUUUCAGAGGCAUCAACUAUUUUCUUAUCAAAUUUGUGAAAUACAUUAUAGAGAACUCAAAAGUACUAGAUACUAUGGAAAUCCAUACAAAAUUUCGCGAUUUAGAGGCAAAGCAAGGAUUGUUAAAGAAAUUAUCUUCCUGCGAAAGAGGCUCUGCAACAUAUAAACUUUUGCUUUGAAAGGCUUUGUAUCAUUUUGUUCUCUUAUAUCAUGAAUUUAUUCUAGAUCCUCUUAAUUCUGUUUUUUACUAUUUUCUUAUUGAGUAUUGUUUUGAAAUUGAAAUUGAGUUACCGUUUAUCAUUUUCCAGCAGUUGUUUUACAGUCCUAUAAGUGUGUAAUAUAUGAAUUUGUGUUUCUCUUAUAUAUGAAUUUAUUCUAGAUCCUCUUA